AUGUCAGCCUAUCGUGAUUCCACUAAGGCUGUCACCCCAUCCGAUGAGUCUCCCACUAUACUGACCAAUUUCAAGAGUCCACUACCAGAACAUCCUCAUCUUCGAAUUCAAAUCCCUUCUAGUAAUGAGUCAUUACAUUCUUCAAUAGAAUCAUCCAACGAUUUUUCAGCUCCAUCAGUAUUACCAAAAUUAGGUGAACCAUUAUCAUUUUCUCCUACAUUAGAUUCGCCAUCCAAAGCAUCUUUUGAAAGAAUUACUCAAUUACCAACUCCAGUACUUAAUAAUGGAUCAUUUACUUCAACUAGCUUUGUAUCAGGAUCUCCAAGUGAAUCAAUUACCUUAGAAAUUGAAAAGAAUAGAAGCCCAAAAUAUACUCAUCAUAAAUAUGAUACGUCACCUCGAGUAAUUUCAGAUUAUAAACCUAUUCCAGCUUUAGGAAGAAAAAAUUCUUUACUUGACCAUUCUAAUACUUUAGUGGCAUCUAAAAGAAUUGUAUCUAAUCCUAUAAGAUCUUCUCCUAUUACAAAUUCUUCAACUCCAACUCCUCCACCAACUACACCUCCAAGUUAUUUAAAAUUAUUUCCAAAAGAUGAAGAAAAGAAACCUCAUAAGUAUUUCGGAAAAAUAUUUAAUGCUCCUCGAUUAGGUAAAGAUUAUGAAUUUGUAAAAGAAGUAGGUUCAGGAAAUUUUAGUACAGUAAUAUUAACAAGAAGUAUAACUGAUUCAAGUUUAAUUGCUAUAAAAGUUAUACAUUUCCCAAGUGAAGAAAAUCAAAUCCCUAAUUUUAGAUCAUUUCUUAGACGAGAAUUAAAUAUCUUAUAUCAAGUAUCACAUCAUCCUUGUAUAACUCAACUUGUUGAUUAUUCAGUUACAUUCAAUUUACCACGUCAAGAAAUUGAAUCUCCAUGUCUUAUUGAUAGUGAAGAUAUAGAUCAUGAUGAUAUUGAUUUUUAUAAGUUAAUGGAAAACAAUAAUCAAUUAAUAUUUUUGAAAUAUUGCCCUGGAGGUAAUUUACUUCAAUUCUUUAUUGAUCACAAACAAGCUUAUAAUAUUCAUAAUCUUCAUUAUUGGAUUAUCAUUAAACGAAUUAUUUGUGAACUAUUAAUUACUGUCAAUUAUUUACAUACUAAUGACAUUAUUCAUCGAGAUAUUAAAUUAGAAAAUAUCUUAUUGAAUUUCUCAUUUACAGAAAUGGAUCAAUUGAUUCAAUUUAAUAAUAGUGAAGAAAUUCCUGUAUUUAUAAAUUUAUCUGAUUUUGGAUUAUCUAAGAAACUUAAAAGUCCUGAUCAACUUUUAUCCACUCGAUGUGGAUCUCAAGAUUAUAUAUCUCCUGAGAUUCUUAUGGGAGUUAAAUAUGAUGGAAAAUUAACUGAUGCUUGGUCAGUUGGUGUGCUUAUUUAUUCAAUUUUAGAGGGCAGGUUACCCUUUGAUUUACCUCCUAUAGAUGCAUUAACUGCACAGGGGAUUUCUCCUUCUGUCAUUAGACGAAGACGAUCUAAAAAUAGUGCUGCUCAUCGUAUUGCUAUGAUCGAUUGGGAUUGGUUUAAAGUCAAUGAAUAUCUGUCUGAUUCAACUGUAAAUCCCGAUAUUAAACAAAUAUUUACUGAAUUGAAAUCCAUAGUUGAUCAUGUAUUAGUUCGAAAGGAUAAACGUUCAACUAUUGGAGAACUUCUUGUCAACCGUGACUUUGGCUGGAUCAAACAAUUCUUACCGCACCACCUAACUAAUGCUAACUAA